GUAUUAGUUCUGGUUAAACAGAGUAAAGAAGUAAUUCAAGCAUCAUGCAGUCUUCAACGUUCCUUAUGGCCUUCUUGGUGGUGGCUAUGCUGAUGCUUUUCAGCGCCCCGAUUACUGAGGCCACCUUCUUGCUCAUUGCUUGCAUGUUGCGGUCUCCAUUGUGCCCAUGGGUCACCUCAGCCGCAACCAACAGCACAGGCUGAGAACAGGACCAUUCACAACUCAGUAUGAAGCUCGAUACCAGACACUCGAACACAUCAUUGGGACACAAAUAUGUACUAAAUAAAAUGAUUUUUUUGCUGCAUUGAA